AUGGCUAGUGAGGAGAGUUUUGUGGUUUUGGUGCACCACAGAGGAUCUGUUAAUAGAAAAACUCGUUCCGGAGUAAAGUUCACAGAUAAGAAUCCUCUAUGUAUUGUCAUAACAUCUACGACGAGUUACGAUGACCUUGUUAGCGCUGUACUAAUGAAGCUCGGUCUGAAGGGUGCGAAGCGGGUAAAGAAGUUUUUCUAUCGCAUUCCAGUCACGGUGCUACAGAAUACGGUGAAGUAUGAUUGCUUCACGAUUAAUAAUGAUGCGGACUUGCAAGUAAUGUUUCUCUGUCGGCGGCAGUUUCCGGAGGUGAGGACACCGGAGUUGUUGGCCCGGCUGGUUGAUGUUGUAUCCAGCUCCGGCGGUUCGAACAGGAAUACGAACACUAUAGCGAAUGCAGCAGGUUCUAGUUCCCGGCCUGCCGUUGCUUCCUCGUCCGUCCCUGUGUACGAACCAGUGGUCCAAAAUGUCGCCUCCCCAUCUUUCGCUGUUGACCUCAAUGCCACCGAAGGCGACGAGGUAGUGGAAAGGGAAAAUUUGCCGAACGCUUUAGUGGGAGUUGCACCUGUUGGCGUAGGAGACGGUUUUUUGGACGAUGAAGACGAGGAUGACGUCGAGCCGGAUAUGAUUGACGAUGAUAGCGCUGAUGAUAUUGGAGCGACUGGGCCUGCAUUGGAGGUAGGUGGUUCUAGCUCUGGCACACAGCAGUAUCCACCACAUUUUUCCUCGUUGGACUUGGACGCCAUGAGACAUGAGGGGGUUUUAGGGCACGCUGUUGGAUUCGGAGCUAGAGAUGCGGAAGGGACUACUGGUCUGACAGAGUUUCAGGUUGGUCAGCAAUUCCAGGAUAAAGAUGAGGCCCUUUUAAGUGUGAAGACUUACAGCAUCCGGCGAGGGGUACAGUACAAGGUGGUGGAGUCCGAUCACCGUCGGUAUGUGGGCAAGUGUUCGGAGUUUGGGAAUGGGUGCACAUGGUUGAUUCGACUGAGUCUCCGGAAGCGCAAGGGCAUUUGGGAGGUCAAACGGUACAAUGGACCUCACACUUGCCUGGCCACAUCCAUCUCGAGUGACCACAGGAGUUUGGAUUAUCAUGUGAUUUCCGCGUUCAUUAUGCCAAUGGUUAGGGCCGAUGCAUCCGUGAGCAUCAAGGUGCUCCUGAACGCCACGGCAGCGCACUUUGGUUUUAGGCCGACUUACCGGAGGGUUUGGAUGGCGAAGCAGAAAUCUAUUGCCCUCAUAUACGGUGACUAG